AUGACCCACCUCUCUGAUUCUCCUCUCACCGUUUUUCACCGCUUCCCACACCAUCAGCCAUGGGAGGAUCGUCGCCCUCAUAGCCAAUCAACAUCGCCCGCACCUCGUGCCUCCAACUCUUCAUCGCAACCGUUGGAUCUUCAGCGCGCGCUCUCCUGCGAUCGCGCCUCACUCUCCAGCAUCGGCUUGUCGACCCCAUCCCCUGCGCGCACGGCAAGCGGAAGCGGAAGGAUCUCCGCAUCGCCUGGGCGCGGAAGCGGAGGUAUCACCCCGCAACCGAACGCUUCCCCGGGCCUUCUUCCCCCCCACUCCCCCAUGGUGUUGCGCGAGUGGGAGGAAUUUCUAUUCGUUAAGAAUGCUUCCCCCUCCCCCACCGCUACCUUCCGCCGAUCCCGCCUUGGCGCGGGAUCGGGGGAGGGAUCGGGGGAAUGCGUAAGCGGGUUACAGCUGGACUCUGGCUCCGCGAACAACGGCGGGAUUGGCGGAGGCGAUCCGAACAUUGACCCUGCCCUGCGAAACAUUCGCCUGCCGAUUCACAAGGUCGUUCGCAGCAGCUGGCCGCGAUAUCGCCUGCGACGUCGCGACCAUUUCGGCGUCGCCAUGGAGGGCGUCGCAGAGGGCGACGAGGAGAACGAAGACGACGACUCGUCGCCGUCGUCGCCUGCUGUCGCAGGGGUGCCUGAUCGGAGCGAGAGCGACAGUUCCGCGACAGACGCGCCAGGACUAGAACAAGCCGCGUCGGUGGCGGUUACCAUCUUUUCCGAAGCUGCCAUUGGCUCACAAGCGUCCCACGUGGCAAAAUCCGGAACACUAUCCGUUAGUCAACGACUUGCAGCAAACGGCUCCCCAGCAGCUGGCAACUCCAGGCCCGUGUCGCGUCGCCUAUCCGGGCAGAUGCGGCUCGGGGACGGAGCCAGCGGGAAAUCCGGGCUGAUCGACGGUUCUGCUGGCGAUCGGCGUGGAAAUGAUAGUAGCGAAGGGUUUGUGAAUAUGGCGGAAGGGAUGAGGGCGGGAGGAAACGCGGGGAAAUUGUUUCAGCUGCUGGAGCAAGUGGAUAAGCAUGGGGAUUAUUUCCGUGGUGACGUGGAGGACCCUGAUUUGACGAGCAGCAUGGACCUGGACGAGGAGGCGACGGAUGACGAACCAGGGUUCCUAGCGCGGACUGACGUGGCGCGGCUCGUAACGGACGGCACGGAUACGCAGUACCUGCCGCGGCUGAACAAGUACUUCCCCUUCGGCGCGUUCACCAUCUUCCUAAUGAUGCAGUCGCUGGUGGCGGUGGUCGACUCGCCUACCGACAAGCGCGCCAUGACUGCCACGUCACUCGCCAUCUGCUUCGCCGUCGCGGCGCUCUGCCCGUUCAUCAAGCGCACGGGGCACACCGCGCUCGUUCCUCGGAACAGUUGGAAGUGGCCGCUGGCAGUGCGGGUGGGAUCAACCAACCUCUUCAUUCACGCCGACGCGCAAACCCUCGCCCAUGCUGUCACCAAGGCAAUCGCCUUUGUCCCUUUGGGCGUCUGCAACGACACUGCUGCGAGCGUUCUCUUCCCAGGCCUACAGCCCUACUGGCUGCUAAUGCUGCAGCUCUCCACAUUCCUCCUCGUCGCCUCUCUCACCUUCUUCGUGCAUGACCACGUGCCGUCCAUCCGCACUGCUGCAAGGCCCCUGGAGUCCUCACUUUUCAGAGACGAGGCAGAGGAACACGCACACCACUGCCUGGCAUGCAUGGCUGCUGCUGGGGGUGCCCCUUCAGCAGCAGCGCCACUCCUCUUCAAAACACCUCAUUUGCCGGCCACACACCCCCUCCUAGCCGCUUUGCCGCCGAUAGCACCCCGCUUCUCCUCCGGGGAGUCUUCACCCCACCGCACGACACUCCUCCCCACUCCUUCACCCCUUCUUGCAGCAGCACCCCGCCGGUUGAAAACACCUCAUUCGCCGGCCACACUCCCCCUCCCAGCCACUUUGGUGCUGGUAGCACCCCCCCUCCCCCGCAUGGCUUGA